GACAUAAACAUUGAACAAGUGGCCUCUGCAGAUUAGCGUUUAUUGGUGUCCUGGCAACAAGGGAAACUUCCCUGCAGAUACCGGGAGAGGGAAGGCAUGGCUGGCCAAGGUUUUGAGGAAUUACUAUGAUCACAAAGCAGCAGGCAGCUACUGGUCUAAAGAGCUUGCAAUCAUAGCCGGACAAUUCCUUGAAGAUCUGACAGUCUCAAUAUUCUGGAGGUAAUUGGGUUGGGUCUUUCUGGAGCUCUGGGGACUUUUUAUACACCAGGAUUACAUCUGCCAGAGGGGAGUAGAUUCAGCAAAGUUGUCUAUUAACUUAAUUAGGAAUUGUAGAGAAUUGACCAGGAAAUGGUAAAUUUUUUGUACAAGACAAAAAAAUUUAAGUAAAAUAAGAACACUUGUGAAUUUGUCAUCAGUUAAGGAUUCAUUUUAAUUGAAUGUUUAUAUACAUAUAAAAUGAAUACAGGUAAAAAUAUAUUUUUAAUCUUACAAAGUAAUACAUAUUGAAUUUAAAAAAAUAUCGCAGGGCUGGGGUAGGUUUUAUUUCUCUCUCCUUUUUGGAAUAAACCUGUAAGAAUUAACUGUGUCCUAUAUAUGGUAUAUGCUAUAAGUAACGGUCUGAGUGCUGUCAUUGGGAUCAGGGAGCAUAACCGAAUUAUAGAACUACAAUACCCAGGAUGCUUUGCAAAGCACACUGUGUUGUACAUACCUUAUUUAUUAUAUAGCUCCCUUUCUAAAAGAAUGCUACUAAGAUUGGCGGUUAACCAUACAUAUUAUCACAGAUAAUAAUGAUCAUUAAAAGUAGGUGAAAUCCCCAUAAAUUCUAAUUAGUAGCUGAUUUUUACAAAACCUGAUUGACAGGAAAGGGUUAUUCAUUGAGGAACAAUGCAGUGAUACUGUGUGACUCAUAUCACCAUACAGGUACACAGAAACACUCACAAUACAUAGAUACAUUACUGGCAAAACAAUUACACAAACAAUUCACAUACAGCGAUACAUCGCACGUAAAUCAAGUGACAUUUCCAUACUAAAAAGGCAAUGUGUUAUAUUUACUAAACAGCAACUAAACAGAUGAUUUAGGUACAGCUAUAUAAACAUUAUACAGAGUACACUGACACAGUGUUAUGUUGCGACACAGAUACACAAACAGGAAUACACUGAUAACUACAGAAAACACAAUAGAGUGAUACAUUAUUAAAGUUACACAAACACAUUCAGCAAUUUGUAUUGUACAUGCGCAAUGACAGGUAUAGUGCGCACAAUACACAGUAACAAUACAUAGUUAACUACGAAACAGACACACAAAUAAUAUACGUAGGACAAUAUUUACAUACAGUAUACAAUACAAACUGGCACAUUGUUUGAGUAUAAUUUAGGAAUGAGCAAAUAAAUUGGAGGGAUACGUGUUUUGUAACGUGAGGAUAUUCAUAUGAUUUAUUAAGAGACUGAAACUAGCUAACACUCAGAUCUACAUAUAUUCGUAUCAUUUCUUGCACAUUUCACUUAAUAAAAAUGUAUUAAUAUCAUUUGAUGUGAAGAGAAACACAGUAUUCUUAAUGCAUGGAAACAAUGUGUUAUAUUUACUAAACAGAAACUAAACAAAAUAAAACACAAACAGUAAUACGUAACACACAGAUUUAUUGUUAACUGUUUACUAAACACACAAAGUAGAUGCAGUGAUAUGUACAGUGUACAUAAUAUAUAGACACAUUGUGACAUUUAUGUACUGCAUGUAUAAAUACACUAAUAAAUGGAAUUACGGGGAAUGUCUUUACACAGUAUGUAUAUUUCAAAUACACACAACACCAUAAAAUGCUAAUUAAUAUAAAGUCAUUACAUAUCCAUUAUAUUUAGACCAGAUUUCUCCAUCCCCACGUCUACGGCGUACAUGUUUCAGCUUGAUUGUCAGCUCACAAACUCUCUUAUUCACUAAAGAGAGAAUUCUUGAAAAUUUAUAUUGAUUCAAAGUGAAUUUCAAAUUUAUGGUAAAGAUUCUCCAAGUCAGCUAUGGUUCUAGUUCUGACACUUUGUCCUGUUAUGAUUUUCUUAUAUCUGACGUGUUGCUGACCUGUAGUGUAUCCUUUCCACAGAUCUUCCAAUCAGUCUCAGCAUGUCUGCGUCUGUGUCUUUCAAGGAAUUGGUCAAUCUUGCCAUCGGAUCUCCAGAGGUUGGUGCCGUUAACUUUAACGCUCUUUACACCCUCCUUCAUGGAAUGCUGGAGCACCUACAGCUGGGUGACGUGCGGAGGGCGCUUUCCCAGGAGGAGAAGGAAUUCUUACAGCCAGGGCUGAUUCUAGGGUCCAAGGCCAAUGAAGCAACGGAAAAGUCACCUUCACUCUUUCGCCAGGUGCAGGACAAGAUAACCAGGAUGGAGAGUAAACUCAUGGAGCUAGACUCUCUGCCAUCAUCUAAUAGUCUCUUACAAGCCAGUCAGUCCCAGAACAAACCCAUUCAGGAAAUGUGGCAGCUGAUGCAACUCAAGAAGAAAGUGGAAAUGAACGAAGAUGGAGUCAACAAGGUGAGGAGGUAGAGUGAUCUCAAAUGAGCACUGGAUGUUCUAGGUCCACGUGCCUUCAUACCUACAGGGAAGGCUGGUAAAGAGACUGGAGAUAACUGCCCAGUGGUUGAUAUUGUUCAUAGAAAUGAUCAGAGCAGGAUUAACUUUAGUAGGACCUUAGAAAUGUGCCUGGGGCCUCUGGGUUAUGAUGGAAACAUGAAUUUGCUUGGCCCCAUUUACCAUCCCAAUGUGAAGAAUGAAGGGACACACCAACCCAAUAAUCUGUGUAAUUUAAUAUGGUAUCUUAAUCCUUCUCUGAUUAAGCAUUCAAAAUGCCAAUCUACCAACAACAAGGGCCGAAACAUUGGUGUUUCCUGGACUCUGAUAUGAGCAGUGAUGGUUAAGUGUAGACUUCUCCUUUGAUUCAAUAUUUUGCAAUGUUGGAAAUUCAUUGUAACAACCUCCUGCUUGAAUGCAUCGCCCAGAAUCAUGCAGUAUAGACUGACAUCCCAAAUGAGAAUAUUCAGGUACCCAGGCCAGUAGGCACCUCUCAGUUAACACCAACACUGCCGUCAUAAUACCUGUCUGUCCCUUUCAAACCUCUGCAAAUGUCAGCUUUUUGCCAUGGUUCAUGUAUCUCACUAUGGGGGGAGGAGGGGUCUCAAUACCUAUUUAAUCAUUGGAGUUUAUAAAAUGCUACAACAAGGCUGAAUUGGAUAAUAUGCAGGCUGCUCUCUACAAAUGACUGAUUAGAGGCAUGAUGUGUGCAUUUAUUUAACAUGCCCCUAAAUGAAUAGACAAUGUAAAUAUACAACUACGUGUGUAAUAAUUUAUAUAUCUUUACUCUCUUUUAAUCCCCCUCCAUGUUUACUUUGUAACUAAGGUCACUGGAUUCCCAUCCUCAGUUUCAACUUUACAGCUGGUCACUGGAUCCCCCUGGUGUUUUUUAUUUCUAAAUUAAGUUGCUGGAUCCUCCUGUCCUUUUAGCUUUCUAACUCACGGCAUUGGAUACUACCACCACCCUAUGGAGUAGUCUAUAUUCAAUGGAACCCGAAGGAUUUGUCCACAUGCAUAUAAUUGUCGCUCUAAGUUAUAUAACAGGGUCCUAUUUAAUUUAAUUUAUGCAUUCACAUUGUUCUCUACAUCUGUUUAUUAACUGUACUCUGUCUCUCCCACUGCAGGCAAUGAGUGUUUUUCAGGAACUGCUCAGUACAUUUAACAGCCUAAAACAGACCUCUGAUCAUAUCCAAGGCGAUCUAAGUAAGCUGAACGAUACCGUGAAAAUGGUGAGUUUCGUACGAUAUCAGAUAUAGCCUACUAAUGGCCGGCCAGUCACCAGUUUGCUAUUACUACAAGGGUUUUUCAUAAAGUGUGAAUAAUCCACAAUUUAAAGCAAAGUCAAAAUUCAUUUUGUAAUUUAGGCCAAAGUAACUGAACCGGAAGCAGCUCAAUUCCAUUUCAGCUACUUUGGCCUGAAAUACAAAUGACUUUUGAAUUCCCGGCAGUUUCUACUUUGAUGAAUAACUCUGUGUGUGUGUAGAAAAUAAACUCACGUUCAUCAAAUAUUAAAAUGCAGCCACUGCAUCCGUGAACAACUUGCAAUGGCAGCAGUCCCUGCAGGCAUGGAUUUGUGCUCUAUCAACAGUUAGACUUGUGAGCAGAUUGGGAGAGAUCAAAGGCGAAGACGCAAAUAAAUGCAGAACGCGUAACAGUCACGUGGGUGGAACAUAGAGGAACCAGCACUAUUUCGAUACAGAAAGCUAUACAAUGUUGUUAAAGUGUACCUCUCAAUUAACACACAGCUUUACAUAACGAUAGUACAAUAAAAUGUUGUCUAUACACUUGGCGUUUACUGUUCAUGUCGGUUUUUUUCUGGCAAUUUUACUAUUUGGGACUAUUUCUUAUUUUAUUUGUGCGAAAAUAUUCUUCACUGCACUCGUUCCACCAUUUUAUUUUCCCAUUACUUUUUGGUUCAUGGUUUUCGGUCACAAAUUUGUUGCCUCCGAUGUUUAAUAAGAGAAGCCCAAUAGUUUUCCGACAGAUUUUUCCGUCACUGUUAGAGUGGUGGGUUUUCUGAGACGGGUACGUUUAUGUGUGAUAAAUUCCAGCGAACUGCAAAUGUGCCUUUUUUCCUGAAUAAUAUUACUUUUUUGUCCUCUCUCGUUUCUGCAAAUGUGUUUUCAUAAUGAUCAAAUCAAUGGAAAAAGGAAAAAAAGUGGAAGAGAUAUUGAUUACUCAUAAAAAAAGGGGGCACCAAUGUAUAAAGGGUACAAUGGUUUUGUACAUAAGAAAAUGACAAAUUCACUUAAAAGUAGCAUUCGUGAAAGCAAAUGCAAUGCUUUCUAUACACCAUCCCUACUGUGUAAUUUUAAUUGCUAGACAAUUUCUACAUAAACUGACUGACAUGGGAGAGCAGGAGAACUCCCCUACUGGUGGUUCUCCUGCUUCCCAUCGCAAUUAUUCACCCAAGCACAUCUCUUGCUGACAGGGGGAAUAAAAGAAUGGAGUGAUGGUGUGCCACUCUUUUUUGAUGUGAAUGCACUGGUAAUGAACUUUAUGAUCAAUGAUAUAUUCCUUGCUUUAAGAGCUUGUCAAGACAAGUUAACUUAAAAAAAUUGUAAAAAAGUUUAAAAUAAAAAUUUUAAAAAAAUAUUGUAAUUUUUAAUAUUCUAAAUGCAAAUGAUUAGCUAUAUCAAAACUUUUUUUUUUCUUUACUUCAUAGAUCCCAAUAUUAUUUUUUAUUAUUGCUGUUUAUGCAUAUGCAGUAAUUUAAGGAUAGGAAAAAACUUUAGUUACUAGAACAAACCAAUGUUGCUUGUAAUUGGCCUGCAAGCAUACAAUCUAGAAUAAGGGCGACCCAUCCACCAACCAAUCCUUAUCCAGGGGAGCUAUGUCCCAAUCUGGUGGCCCCUUAUUAGCCAAGCUCUUGGCUAAAAGGUAUUAUUUUCUAUGACAUGAACCACAUUUCCUAUUAGCAUACAGGGAAUUGUGGGACAUGUAGUCCUGAAGACCCGGGAUUGGACAUCCUUGUUUUAACAUACUUGUACUGAACCAUACGUUUUUUAAAGUCUGUGUAUUUUUUGCAGAUGGAUCUAAAUGCAAUUCAGCAGAGAUUGCUGGAUUUGGAGAGGCGCAACCAGGACAAGCCCACCCUGGCCGACCAGCUGGUAAGGCCAAACUGAUGUCGGAGGUGAUGAAUAACCCCCCUCCAAUAUUAAAUGUGUUACCUUAGUUAGAACACCUGGGUAAUAGAUAAGCUAUUAGCAGGGGUGUCUGUCAGACAUAUUCACUGGAAAGGAUGGACAGUAGUUGGGGUAAGAGAGGCAUUUGUCCCAUAUUGUCCUAUGGUGCAGAUACCUAUGGCUGUUACAAUGUGUUUCGUUCCUGCCCUAUAGGAGAGUCUUCAGAAAAAGAUUUUGUCUUAUCCAGAGUCAACAGAUUUGGCCACCUGGUCCUCACUUCAUGACUCGUUGACAGUUGAGGUAAGUGAAUUUCAUGUUGUCUUGUGUAAAAUAAAAAUACAGUGAAUCAAAACUUACUCCUUACCAAUUAUCUCGACCCCCACCUCUUUGUUCUAGAAGAUCAUUCAUACUAUGCUGAUCCAAUUUAUGAUGAUACAAAGUACAAUACUGGAUCACAGUUACCUUGUCCCUUUUCUAUUCCCUGUUGUAAAUGGUCCACUGAUUGAAUUUUGACUACAAUGGCGAUGUGGCUUAAACUUUCACUUAUUGUAGGACUUCUCUCUUAUAUUAAAAAAAAAAAUACAAAACAAAAUGUUACAAACAAAAUGUACAACAGAUGCAACUGUAAAUUUUCCCAAACAGUACAGAAUGCAACAAAAUGUUCUGAAAAAAUGAGAAUGUUAGUGGAAUGUUACUAUUGAUUUGUUCCACAUUUAGAACUUUGUCCAAUUUUCCAUAUGCAAUACGUUUAAAAAAAAUAAAUAAUUUUUUAAUGUGACCAGUUCCCCGUAUUGUAACUCUAACCACACCUCUUUUACCUGUCAUGGUCUCGGUUACCCAAGAGUGCAUUUUGACUUUAGGCAUGCGUUUAUCUGACCUCAGGAAUCCCUGACCUUGACUCUCUUUGUAGUGUAGGACGCUCUUAGCACUGGUGUUUUCAUGUUCGGGUAUGUUGCUUUGACAUUAACCCUGCAUGCGGUUUGCCAAAUGGGUGUGUAUUGUAGAACUCGAGAUUUAUUAGUGGAAAAAAAUACUAAAAAAAUACUAAACUCGUAGGUCAGGCCAGUGAAUUGGAUCUCUUACAUUACCCAUGCACAUCUUGCCAUUUUCUUAGAUGAGAAACACUUAACUGCCCCCAAAUCUCAGGGAGGACAGGGUAACAGAAUGUUUGUUUGGUAAAUGGAGGUUGUAACGGACCGUUUUGAACACAAGGGAAAAAAAACGUUUAGGCGAUCGGCCCCCUUUCCAGAGAUACAGGCACAGCUACUGCAGAACACCAAACUCCCAAACUGGAUACAAAAUAGCACUCCAACUCCCGAACUGGAACCUCCCAAAUAGCUGCUAGCAGACGAACAGGAAAAGCAGCUUACACUCCUGGCAAUCAGUCUCUAACAGCAUACAGUGAAUCCCCCCAAGAACGAGACAAGGCUCCGUGUUGAGGGUCAAGCAGUGGUCUGAGGUGCUGGCACACCCAGCCUGGUUUUUAUUACAGUGUUUCAAAUACAGGACCACCCACAGGGAGGGAUAAAACAACCAAUCAUAUCACAGUUACAUCCCACAUAUUCCCUCCCCUUAUCCUGAGAGGAAACUCAAUUAUACAAACAGUUAAAACAUACUUUCUACCCAACUUUCAUAACUCCAAAACCAUACAUCACAUUCACAUAAAAUUACAUAUUCUCAAUCAAUCCAUUCAGGGGAACAACAUAUUCAAAAAUGGCACAAAUCAGACAAGGGGUUCAACAGUUAGUAAAAAGUCCUUUGUGACUAAAUGAAGCAUGGCUUUCUGGCCCAAACCAGUUUCAGAGUCUUCUAUCCUGGAGAUAAGUAAUUGAAUUAUCUCCCAGGACAGACACAAGACUCCAUUAAGCACAUGGUUGCAAAAAGACACAAAGCACUUUAAAAUACAUAAAGUCACAUUUAUACAUAAAACACAGACAUUUCACAUAUCCCCAGAUAGCUCAGGUCUGAGCGCACAUUAUUAAGUGAAUGGCGCUCAGACCACACGAAUACAGUUUAAUCGCCAUGGAGCCAAAGUCUUUACAGUCAGUUUCAUACGAAUGGGCUCCAUGGGAUUCCUAUCUGGGGUGUAACACAUUCAAACAAAUCUACCAAACCCCAGGCAGAAAGCACGAAUGAAGCUUUUCUGCAGGUAAAAAAGAUGUCUUUUAACAGGGGACCAUAGUCCAAAGGCAGCAGGCGAGCAACCAGGCUUCUCCAAUGCAAUGUGGCGAGAUUGGUCUCGUCACAGAGGUCAGUCAGUGUAUCUGUGUAAGAGGACGCAUGGAGGUUGUAUUAUGUUUUAUAUAUUGAUCUGUACCUGGCAGGCCUCAAACAACAUGCUAAGCACUGACGCAAAACAAAAGAAUGCCAAGGGAAUCCUUCGAAACUUGGGGAAACUGCCCGGGAGACACGAGGAAUUGGCCGAACGGGUACACAGUAUCGAGGAAGAGCUGAAACAACUGGGCAGAGAAAUCAGUGAGUCAAAACAGAAAUCAUAUGAAGCAAAGUAGCGUCUUUGGUUUUAGAGGAAGAUUAUGUAUUAAAUUUGAAGAAUAACACACAAUGCUUUUUUUUGUCGAGCAUUAAAUAUAGAAUGAAAUGUAACCCCGUAGAAUGUAAGAAUAUUAUUUUUGCAAGUUUAUUUGUCCAUUAAAUCUUGUUAGGUUAUUGACCUCCAGCUCACCAUUAUAGUGGAUCACAUGACACGCAGGCACCACUUACUGCUGGCUAAACUCACUUGGCUGAAUAAUCAUGGUGAAACUUAUAACAUCUAUUUCCCAUAGGUCACAGUGUCGCCUUGAAUAUCGUGGUACAGGCAUUCUUUUAUUUGCAACUGCGUAACAUUAUUUUUAUUCACUAUCUGUUUUUUUGCAGUACACACAGAAUAUUCCAUUACAAUGUGGAACUGUGCAAAUAGGCAAAAAAAAUAGAAACAUGAGAUAAAUAUUAGAUGAAAAAAUAGAUAGAUGUAUGUUACAAAAAAAAGCAUAUCUUUAUAGUUUCAUUCUGCAUAUUUUAGGUCAAAUUCUCCAAGCUGGAAAGAUUGUUGAGUCACAGGUUUUUUCCAAUUUGAAUAUUUUGCUCUAAAAUAUGCAGUUUCCCAAGUAAAUUGUUCAUAUUCUCCUAAUAAUAAACCAAAUUAUUUUUAAGUAAUCAAAACACUCCAGCAACUCUUCUUAAGUCACAAAAAACAUUGAGGCCAUCUGCAAAAUGGUACCCAAACUGUAAACUAAAGGUGAAGCCAGAAUAUAUCACUCCAAGUGUCUGGAACAUAAUCUCCCACAAUGCUUUCCGUCUCCAGAUGCCCCACUCUAUAGCUUAUUAUCCCAUGUUAUAACUAUAUAUAUAUAUAUAUAUAUAUAGUCAGCUUAAUGAGAACAUGGCAUUCCCAUAUCAUGUGACUCAGUAUUACACAUUACUUCUCCACAUCCCCACUAUGAGAUUGCAAUCACACAUACACUGUUUCCAGGUUUGUCGUAAUAGCUUAGAUGUGUGAUCAUGUUCUGUAUCACACAGGUAACGUGGGAAUCCCUGACAACUUGUUGCAGCAGCUUCAGAGCCUGAGACGAGAUGUGGACAGAAUAUUCAGUGAAAAUAGUAAGGUUUGUAAGAUGGAGAGAGGGACUCUUAUACAUUACUACAAUACUCUAACACAGUACUAUAUUACUCUUAUACAUUACUACAAUACUCUAAUACAGUACUAUAUUACUCUUAUACAGUACUACAAUACUCGUACACAGUACUACACUACUAGACUCCUACCAGGUACCUCUCUGACAGAGUCUCUGAGUUCCACCUUGUACCUUACUGACAGAGUCUCGGAGUUCCACCUUGUACCACACUGACAGAGUCUCAGAGUUCCACCUUGUACCACACUGACAGAGUCUCGGAGUUCCACCUGAUACCACACUGACAGAGUCUCAGAGUUCUACCUGGUACCACUCUGACAGAGUCUCAGAGUUCCACCUGAUACUACUCUGAGAGAGUCUCUGAGUUCCACCUUGUACCACACUGACAGAGUCUCAGACUUCUAUCUGGUACCACACUGACAGAGUCUCAUGGUUCCACCUGAUACCACUGUGCUGUAUUGCUGCCUUGAUAUCACAUUUCCAGGACAUAAAUGAAUCUGCAUAUUCUAACUGUCCUCGCCACGUUUAAACCCUCCCCGGCCACUUUUAUAUCCCUGUUCAUUCCAGCCCUCCAGUCUUCGCAGUAGCUCCCAAAUUGGAGAGAAAAAACUAUAGGUCAAUUAAAGUGUAAGGGCACAUGUCUAUAUCUUCUCAUGUAAAAAAGUAGAUAUGUCUCCACUUCCAUGACCAUCAGUAAUAGAAAACAUAGGAUUUAUUCAAUCUAAUGGACAUAUUUACAACACCAGACCCAUGAAUGGUCACUGAGGCCUGGUUAGAGAAGAUGUCUUUUACACUAGUUCAAAAAAUCUUAUAACAACCCAUUAUACGAUUGGCAUAGCACAGUUCAACUUUCUUAUGCUUGCUAAACUAAAAGACGUUUUCUAUAUGUGUAGGGCAAGGAUGAGAUGAAGACUCUGCAAAAUGCUCUACAUCAGCUGAACAUGGCUCUGCAAAAACUGGAUUCAAAGACUGCUAAACUGGAAGCUGACCUAUCAGAGACAGCAGUGAGGAUGGGGAACCAUUGUAGGGUGGUGAGGGUAGUAAUGGGGUCUGAGAGCAGGAGUGAGGUAAUACUGGUGUAAUAUGGUUGGUGAACGGUGAAAGGCUAGGAGGUAAUAAUGGUACAGAAUGCUUGGUGCACAGCGAGAGGCUCGGUGUGUAAGAUAAUAUUGAAAUAAUAUGAUGAAUGUAAGGUGAGAAGCUCGGAGUAUGAUGUAAUAUUAGUAGAAUAUAGUUGGUGUAUGGUAAUAAUCUUGGAGUAUGAUGUAAUAUUAGUACAAUAUAGUUGGUGUAUGAUAAUCUUGGAGUAUGAUGUAAUAUUGGUAUAAUAUAGUUGGUGUAUGGUGAGAAGCUCGGAGUAUGAUGUACUAUUGGUAAAGUAUGGUUGGUGUACGGUGAGAAGCUCGGAGUAUGAUGCAAUAUGGUAUAAUCUAGUUUUUGUAUGGUGAGAAAAUGGAGUAUGAUGUAAUAUUGGUAUAAUAUGAUGGGUGUUUGGUGAGAAGUUUGGAGUAUGAUGUAAUAUUGGUAUGAUGGGUGUAUGGUGAGAAGUUUGGAGUAUGAUGUUAUAUUGGUAUGAUGGGUGUAUGAUGUAAUAUUGGUAUAAUACGAUGGGUGUAUGGUGAGAAGCUCGGAGUAUGAUGUAAUAUUGGUAUAAUACGAUGGGUGUAUGGUUAGAAGUUUGGAGUAUGAUGUAAUAUUGGUAUGAUGGGUGUAUGGUGAGAAGCUCGGAGUAUGAGGUAAUAUUGGUAUAAUACGAUGGGUGUGUGGUUAGAAGUUUGGAGUAUGAUGUAAUAUUGGUAUAAUACGAUUGGUGUAUGGUUAGAAGUUUGGAGUAUGAUGUAAUAUUGGUAUUAUGGGUGUAUUGUGAGAAGUUUGGAGUAUGAUGUAAUAUUGGUAUAAUACGAAUGGUGUAUGGUUAGAAGUUUGGAUUAUGAUGUAAUAUUGGUAUGAUGGGUGUAUGGUGAGAAGUUUGGAGUAUGAGGUAAUAUUGGUAUAAUACGAUUGGUGUAUGGUUAGAAGUUUGGAGUAUGAUGUAAUAUUGGUAUGAUUGGUGUAUGGUGAGAAGUUUGGAGUAUGAGGUAAUAUUAGUAUAAUACGAUGGGUGCAUGGUGAGAAGUUUGGAGUAUGAUGUAAUAUUGGGAUAAUACGAUUGGUGUAUGGUUAGAAGUUUUGAGUAUGAUGUAAUAUUGGUAUAAUAUGAUGGGUGUAUGGUUAGAAGUUUGGAGUAUGAUGUAAUAUUGGUAUGAUGGGUGUAUGGUAUGAAGUUUGGAGUAUGAUGUAAUAUUGGUAUAAUACGAUUGGUGUAUGGUUACAUCAUAUUAUACCAAUAUUACAUCAUACUCCAAACUUGUAGAAGUUUGGAGUAUGAUGUAAUAUUGGUAUAAUACGAUGGGUGUAUGGUGAGAAGUUUGGAGUAUGAGGUAAUAUUGGUAUAAUACGAUGGGUGUAUGGUGAGAAGUUUGGAGUAUGAUGUAAUAUUGGUAUGAUGGGUGUAUGGUGAGAAGUUUGGAGUAUGAUGUAAUAUUGGAAUAAUACGACUGGUGUAUGGUUAGAAGUUUGGUGUAUGGUGAGAAAUCUGGAGGAUGAUGCAAUAUUGGUAUAAUACGAUGGGUGUAUGGUGAGAAGUUUGGAGUAUGAUGUAAUAUUGGUAUAAUAUGAUUGGUGUAUGGUGAGAAGUUUGGAGUAUGAUGUAAUAUUGGUAUGAUGGGUGUAUGGUUAGAAGUUUGGAGUAUGAGGUAAUAUUGGUAUGAUGGGUGUAUGGUUAGAAAUUUAGAGUAUGAUGUAAUAUUGGUAUAAUACGAUGGGUGUAUGGUGAGAAGUUUGGAGUAUGAGAUAAUAAUGGUAUGAUGGGUGUAUGGUGAGAAGUUUGGAGUAUGAUGUAAUAUUGGUAUAAUACGAUGGGUGUAUGGUGAGAAGCUUGGAGUAUGAUGUAAUAUUGGUAUGAUGGGUGUAUGGUGAUAAGCUCGGAGUAUGAUGUAAUAUUGGUAUAAUAAGAUGUACGGACAAGCAGUCUUAGUGUGGUGAUAUUGGUAUAAUAUGAAUUGUGUACGGAAAGAGGCCCACUGUAUGAGGUAACAUUGGUAUAAUACAAUUAGUGCAUGGUGAGAAGUUUGGAGUAUGAUGUAAUAUUGGUAUGAUGGGUGUAUGGUGAGAAGUUUGGAGUCUGAUGUAAUAUUGGUAUAAUACGAUGGGUGUAUGGUUAGAAGUUUGGAGUAUGAUGUAAUAUUGAUAUGAUGGGUGUAUGGUUAGAAGUUUGGAGUAUGAGGUAAUAUUGGUAUGAUGGGUGUGUGGUUAGAAAUUUGGCGUAUGAUGUAAUAUUGGUAUCAAACGAUGGGUGUAUGGUGAGAAGUUUGGAGUAUGAUGUAAUGUUGGUAUAAUACGAUGAGUGUAUGGUGAGAAGUUUGGAGUAUGAUGUAAUGUUGGUAUAAUACGAUGAGUGUAUGGUGAGAAGUUUGGAGUAUGAUGUAAUAUUGGUAUGAUGGGUGUAUGGUGAGAAGCUCGGAGUAUGAUGUAAUAUUGGUAUAAUAAGAUGUACGGACAAGCAGUCUUAGUGUGGUGAUAUUGGUAUAAUAUGAAUUGUGUACGGAAAGAGGCCCACUGUAUGAGGUAAUAUUGGUAUAAUAUAAUUAGUGUAUGGUGAAAGGUUUGGUGUGUAAAGUAAUAUUGUGAUAUGGUUUAUAAAAUAGUUAACUAUCUCCUUUCCCUCUAGACCUUGCAGGGCCAGAUCUAUGAACUGGAGAAAAAGAAACUCGACCGCGAGGAACUCACGUUAGAACUAAGCACUGUGAGUGCACACUUUCUACCAAUCUGUGACAUAGUGACAGAGUGCAGAGCGUUCUGCCAGAUUACAAGGGUAGAGUGUAAUUUUCAGUAAGUUUAUACGUGUGUUCUUUUGCCCCAUUUUACCUUCAGAAAGCGGAUAAGCGGGCGCUAGAUACUAAAGUGGGUCACUCUCAACUGGAGGCUGCAGUGAGCGAGGUCAAUGGUGUGCUGGACGAUCUGAUUAAGAAGCUGGACGCGCAGGAUUCGGAGUGGCGGACCAUGCUGGAAAAACUGCUAGCCAGCCUGGAGGCAAAAGUAACGCAACUACACAAAUUGCCUGAUUCUGGCCACAGCAAACAAUAUACCCAGUACUGUAAUAAAUGCAACACCAACUGGCACACUGCGGACAAUUAUUGCACUUGUAGGACAACCAGGAUACUUAUACUAGGUUGCUCCUACGUUAUUUGUGUGCCAGCUUACGGUUUUAUAAGAUACAAAGAAAGAAUAGAAAUCUAUCAAUAUUUUAAAAAUAUGUGGGUAAGGGGGUUUAAUCCUCCAUCUGAUAACCUACCUUUAUCUUUGUACAAAUUUGAUCUUUUGUAUAAAUUCCCAUAAAAAGUGUGAUUACACAAUAUAGUUACAGUCACUCAUGACCACGUGCAAUUCUCCUUUUUUAGCUAAGCCGAUCCGACCUGGAUACCAUUAACAGGGAUCUGGAGGAACUGAGGCACAUCCUGAAGAAGUACAUGGAGUCCAGACAAGCCUUUGAACCGGAUGGGGCUGCUGGUUUCAGGAAGUGAGUUGCGAAGCACAGUUCAGAGAUCAGCCUGAUAUUACUAAUUAAAGGGUAGGGCCUGCAAGCAGUCUCUGGCAAUGGACAACUUACAAGAGAGAUACAGUAUUUAUAACAUAACAAACAACACUCAGUAUUUUGAAUAACCUUUUUUUUUAAUGAAAAGUUUGGGUUGUGGUUGAUAACUAGUUUCAUAACUAGUUGAAAUGCUGAUUGUGAACAUAGACCCAAGCUCAAAAUAUUUUAAUAUGAGAUAACUUAGUUUUGGCUUUUCUUGGUACCAGCCCCAUUGUUGAGAACAAAGGAAGGUCCUUUAACAGAUGAUGUUAGUGGGAACAUACCCAUCCUUUCGUUGUGUACAUAAACUUGUAUCGUAACGUAGGUACAGCAGGACAGAGGAGAUUCUCAUUACUGUUCUAUUCUUUGCAGGAAGCUGUUUGAGACAGUUAAGUGCAUUUCUUGCGAUCGUCCUAUAACCGUGGCAACUGGACCGUAAGUAAUCAGUAGCUUUUCCUCUUAUUUUCAUUCCUUAUAACUCACAAGCGCAGGGGCAGCAAAGCAUUAUGGGAAGUGUUGUCCUACAACAGCUAGGGGGAUGGGGGUCUACCUUUUGACCACCCCUGCGCCAACGUUUUCCUGUUGAAUAACGAUCGUUUUAUAUAAGAAACAUUGUCACCAUUAUUAUAAAACAGGUACAAUAUCUGCUAUUCCAGAUGGUUACCACAAAGCUUGCAGCACUAAUAGCUAAUAGUCACAAUGUACCAACUGCAGCUGUGGUCCUCUCUCCCGCUCGGGAUCUCUCUCAAUAUCUUAUUACUUCUUUCCAGGCACAUGGUUACUGUACGCACAGCCUCCCUGACUCCACGAAACCGCCCCAGCACUGCGGACAUCAGCAGAGAAAGGAGCAUUGGGUAAAAACAGAUAGAGAGUCGUUUUUCCUACACUCCACAUACAGAGAUUUUAUCUGUUAUACACAAUGUAACGUAACUCCCACCACCGCCUAAACUGCACAUACAGAGAUUUUAUCUGUUAUACACAAUGUAACGUAACUCCCACCACCACUUAAACUGCACAUACUGAGAUUUUAUCUGUUAUACACAAUGUAACGUAACUCCCACCACCACCUAAACUGCACAUACAGAGAUUUUAUCUGUUAUAUAUAAUGUAGCGUAACUCUCACCACCUCAACUGCACAUACAGAGAUUUUAUGUACCCACUUCUUCAAAAAAAGUGUAUCCAUUAAACUGUUAAUAGCUCCCGACUGAUUCCUCUCUUGCAACUGUCAUUAGUCUAGUACUAUCCUUACCUCUUGUGUCACUUUACCCCACUCCCUCUAGCAUGUAAGCCCAUUGAGCAGGGCCCUCAAUCCCUCUGUUACUGUGUCACUAUACCCCACUCCCUCUAACAUGUAAGCUCACUGAGCAGGGCCCUCAAUCCCUCUGUUACUGUGUCACUAUACCCCACUCCCUCUAACAUGUAAACUCACUGAGCAGGGCCCUCAAUCCCUCUGUUACUGUGUCACUAUACCCCACUCCCUCUAACAUAUAAGCUCACUGAGCAGGGCCUCAAUCCCUCUGUUACUGUGUCACUAUACCCCACUCCCUCUAACAUGUAAACUCACUGAGCAGGGCCCUCAAUCCCUCUGUUACUAUGUCACUAUACCCCACUCCCUCUAACAUGUAAACUCACUGAGCAGGCCCUCAAUCCCUCUGUUACUGUGUCACUAUACCCCACUCCCUCUAACAUGUAAACUCACUGAGCAGGGCCCUCAAUCCCUCUGUUACUGUGUCACUAUACCCCACUCCCUCUAACAUGUAAACUCACUGAGCAGGCCCUCAAUCCCUCUGUUACUGUGUCACUAUACCUCACUCCCUCUAACAUGUAAACUCACUGAGCAGGGCCCUCAAUCCCUCUGUUACUGUGUCACUAUACCCCACUCCCUCUAACAUGUAAACUCACUGAGCAGGGCCCUCAAUCCCUCUGUUACUGUGUCACUAUACCCCACCCCCUCUAACAUGUAAACUCACUGGGCAGGCCCUCAAUCCCUCUGUUACUGUGUCACUAUACCCCACUCCCUCUAACAUGUAAACUCACUGAGCAGGCCUCAAUCCCUCUGUUACUGUGUCACUAUACCCCACUCCCUCUAACAUGUAAACUCACUGAGCAGGCCCUCAAUCCCUCUGUUACUGUGUCACUAUACCCCACUCCCUCUACCAUGUAAACUCACUGAGCAGGCCCUCAAUCCCUCUGUUACUGUGUCACUAUACCCCACUCCCUCUAACAUGUAAACUCACUGAGCAGGCCCUCAAUCCCUCUGUUACUGUGUCACUAUACCCCACUCCCUCUAACAUGUAAGCUCACUGAGCAGGCCCUCAAUCCCUCUGUUACUGUGUCACUAUACCACACUCCCUCUAACAUGUAAACUCACUGAGCAGGCCCUCAAUCCCUCUGUUACUGUGUCACUAUACCCCACUCCCUCUAACAUGUAAACUCACUGAGCAGACCCUCAAUCCCUCUGUUACUGUGUCACUAUACCCCACUCCCUCUAACAUGUAAACUCACUGAGCAGACCCUCAAUCCCUCUGCUACUGUGUCACUAUACCCCACUCCCUCUAACAUGUAAACUCACUGAGCAGGCCCUCAAUCCCUCUGUUACUGUGUCACUAUACCCCACUCCCUCUAGCAUGUAAGCUCACUGAGCAGGCCCCCAAUCCCUCUGUUACUGUCAAUAUACCCCACUCCCUCUAACAUGUAAGCUCACUGAGCAGGGCCUCAAUCCCUCAUUUACUGUGUCACUAUACCCCACUCCCUCUAACAUGUAAACUCACUAAGCAGGGCCCUCAAUCCCUCUGUUACUGUGUCACUAUACCCCACACCCUCUAACAUGUAAGCUCACUGAGCAGGGACCUCAACCCCUCUGUUCCUGUGUGUCCAACUUGUCUGGUUACAACGACAUGUUUGUUCGUCCACCCACUGUAAAGCGCUGUGGAAUUUGUUGGCGCUAUAUAAACAAUAGCAUAAUAAUAAUCUGUUCUACACAAUGUAACGUAACUCCCACCACCUAAACUCUACAUACAGGGAUUUUAUUUGUUAUACAACAUGUAACAGAACUCCAACCUCUUACACAGUAAAUACAGGGUAAUCAUCUCUUACACAGACUAUAAUGUAUCAUAUACAAUACAUAGAGGUAGUCAGUUUGAUUAUCAUUGUCACAAUGGUGUCACUCAGAAAUCCACCCUCUUAGUCACUCUCUCCCUCACAGAGACCCAUUACAAGUGACAGACUCCGAUUUCCAGUACUCAGAGAGCCAAAGGCCCCACACGGCCUGCCCUCACUACAAGAGGAUGUCCCGUACGCAGCACCUGACAACUGUAUACCCAUACGCUGACUAUGGGCAGUCUGUCUACAGAAAUGUGAGUACAUUCUUGCAAUGGACGUUUAAUAGACUACACGGAUGACAAAGCACAGAGCUGCGUUCUAGAAGAAAGAAGAGGAGGGCUUUAUAGGUACACUAUAAUUCUUCUUUGCAGGAUGCAACAUAAGCCAGUGUUACCUUGUAUACUACAGAUUGUAUUUAUUUAUUAAUUUUUAAAACAAAUGGGGUUAAAAAAACAAACAACACGCAUUAUCCACUAUCCAGCUCUGAUACAUAAUGCAUGUAAAAUUGUUCAACAGAGAUGUUCUAAGACUGUGUAUGAAGACAUUUCCAUGGCCGUCAUAUCCCUGCCCAUUUUUUAUUUUUUUUAAAUUAAUUUCUUGUAGAGCGAGUUUGACUUGAUUGGGAUAGAUGGCAUGAUGUAUAAGGGAAGAAUAGAUAAGUCCUUCGGCAACCAAACAUCCGAGAAGGAUCCCUCAGGUAAGUGUCAGCAAUGAAUGUUCUCGAGACCUGAGCAAGGACUAAUCGAAGGGCAAGCUAUUGCUUUUUCUCUGUACUCAAUUCCCCUUUAAAUUCCAUUUUGGAUUCUCAACUCUCAAGAAAACGUUCAGUUUGCAUUUUGCUAAAUAUUGUUUUUCCUUUCUCUAUAGUGGUGAUGACUCCCCUGCCACCAUCAAGGAUAGAGCGAGCGCGCUCUGCCACCCAGCAGAGAAGUCUGAGCACCCCCGUCAACCGUGAGUCCAGUUCUGCUGAUGAUGGGAUCAUGCAUUUAUUAUAGGGUUUAGUAAACAGAUCACGUGCAGAUGCGUGUUUUUGAGCAUUCGUGACCUGGCUGACACUCUAUAUUCUCUCUGUGACAGGUACUUCAAUACACUCUUCUCAGAACACCCGCAACUCACUCCAUGUGCCAACAGUCACAGAAUCCCCCAUCCUACAACAAAGCCUGGAAGGUGGCACGGAGACAGGACCGGACCAGUGAAUAAACUCAUGCAAUCACUGUGGGCUUGCAGAACAUGGAAGAGGGAACAGUCUGCUAUAAAUGAAGUAUAAUCCCUUCUCCCCCCUGUCUCCUGGAGCAAGUUUGAACCACUUGCAGUCUCCCAGAAUUCCCUGGAACUCUUUCUUUUAAUAUGAGAUUUUUACAUGUGCAGUAUAUCAAUAAAUCGGAAAUAUUUUAUCAUACCAAUUGCACGAGUUUCAGAGGCAGCUAGUAGAAAACAUGCUCACAUGUAGCUAUCAGUGGCCUUCAGGCUUAAAGAAUAUUUAGUCAAAACAUCUAAACCAAGAAUAUCCAACCUUGGCUCUCAAACAGCUCGAUUUCUGGUAAACACGUAGUCCAGCAAAAGCUGGAUAGCCAAGGUUGCACAUUCUACUCAGGUCCAGAGAUGAAUAAUAACCUUGGACAUUUGUGAACAGUUCUAAUGGUGCUCAGUCACAUGCAGCUGUUCCUUUGUGUUAUUUGCUAUGUUUAAAGGAACACUAUAGCGUCAGUAAUAUUAACAUGUAUUCCUGACUCUAUAGUCCUGCAAUGGGUAUUUAGGUCCCCACCCCCUCGCUUUGCUUUGAAAAUUUGAUUUUACUCACCUUUUCUCCCACGCCGGUCUGGCCAUGCUCCGCCUCCUUGGCUGAGAUCAAACUUGAUGAUCUCAACCAGUCCAAGGAGGCUAUUGCACAUGCACUGCACUGCGCCAAUCAGCAUUUAAUCAAAACAUCUCUAUGGGGAACUUUCAGAGUCUUCAUGCAGAGUGUGGAGAUGCUGAACGUCAGUGCUGCACACUGUAGACAUUGUCCCAGGAAGCUUUUCUAUGAGCCAUCUGAGUGACUGUCACUGGAGGUGUCCCUAGGCUGUAAUGUAAACACUGCCGUUUCUAUGAAAAGACAGUGUUUACUGCAAAAUGUUUGCAGGGCCUAAUUCUACGUACCAGAACAAACACAAAAAGCUGUAGUUGUUCUGGUGACUAUAAUGUCCUUUUAAUAUAUUCAGUUGUUUUCACUCCUGUUCAAAAUGAAUGCUGCAAACUGAUGGGAACAGUCCCUUUUGCACCUAAUGCUACAAUGUUAAAUACUGCAGUCCCAGAGAACUUUUGGUCAGUUAUCUGAUGCUGGACGUCCUCUUCACGGUGUGCAUGAGAACCCUCAGCGUCAGAUUUUCCCCCAUAGGAAAGCAUUGAUUCAAUGCUUUCCUAUGGGGAGGUCUAAUGGGCGCACGCCAUUUAUAGCUGUGGAGCUCUGUUAUACACUCAGACACAUUACUGGGAGUAUUAUUGCUGUGGAACUCUGUUAUACAUGGAGACACAUUACUGGGAGUAUUAUUACUGUGGAGCUCUGUUAUACAUGGAGACACAUUACUGGGAGUAUUAUUGCUGUGGGGCUCUGUUACACAAUCAGACACACCAACAAUAUGGGGUUUCUAUUCUAGAAAAGAGGGACAUUAGGAUAGAUAAGAGUGACAGAGGGAUUUGGAUCCAUAAUAGGGACUGUCUUUCCUAAAUAGGGACACUUGGAAGGUAAGCAUAUACUGUGUAUCGUGAGACUUGAUAUGCAUUAUUCUCCACUUUAAAGACAGCAGAUAUUGUAGCAACCUCGUCUAUUUUAUCGUUACUUAUUAUUAUUAUUUUUUUAUAUUUAAUGUGGGGAAGAGUGGAAUUUUAAAAUGACUCUAAUUAAGCUAUAUGUAAGCUCCUUAUUUCUGGCCUAAAUUUGCUUUCCUCUCAAUUCUCAGUUUGGAGAUUAAAGGGACACUCCAGUGCCAGGAAAACAAACUGUUUUCCUGGCACUACAGGUCCCCUCUCCCUCCCACCCCCAUCCCAGAUUGCUGAAGGAGUUUAAACCCCUUCAGCGAUGUCCCUCGGCGCUGGUCCAGGGUCCGCCCACGCUCCACGCUCCUCCCCCGCCAACGUCAUGCAGCGGGAGAGACUGAUUGCGCAUUAGACCUCCCCAUAGGAAAGCAUUGAAAAAUGCUCUCAAUGCUUCCCUAUGGGGAAGUGCUAAAAAUCUGUGCUAUAAACCCAGAAGUGCCCUCUAGUGGCUGUCUAGUAGAAACUGCAAUAAUUACAUUUGCAGGGUUAAGGGUAGUGGGAGUUGGCACCCAGACCACUCCAAUGGGCAGAAGUGGUCUGGGUGACUGGAGUGUCCCUUUAACCCCCAAUGAAAGAUUCCUGCAAAUUAUGUUUCUUUUUUUUCUCCUACAUUACAAACAUCUGAAACAAUUUAAAAUAAUAUUAAAGGUGUGGUUUUGUUUCCUUCCAGUGUUCACAGAAUUAUAUAAAGUCAAAGUAACCACAGCAUAGCCUGCCCUUUUCCAUUUCGACUAGUUUGGUUUCAAAUUUAAAAUUCACUUGGAAUUCUUACUUUUGUGAAUAACCCUGUUUAUCUCACAAUAAGAGGACGUAGCACACGUCAGGUUGACAAUACAGAUUUUAUAAGACGCUUGUUAAAAUAAGGAACCUUUUCUUGUUAAUUUUACUGACCUUCUAAUGGACAGCAUUGCAAUACAGAGCUGUGUUAUGACACCCUAUUUUAUUUGGAAGGAUGACAAGUUUACAAAAAAAAACCAAGAAAACCUAAAAAAAAAAAAAUACAUUAAUGGAACUGGGGAUUCCGGUUUUAGAAAUAUCUCAUGGGUACACAUUCCUACACAAGUGCUGAAAACCUUAGGGUAUAACAAGUGCUGAGGUCAGGAGGGUCUCUGCGUCAGGAUACAUUGCAGAGUGAGGUACGGCUAAAAUCCCACCAGGUGAGGAAGGUGAUGUUGCACAGCAGAGUAAUGCAGUGUUAGUAGAGGAGCGAUGCUCUGCAAAAGUUGUCAGAACUAGCUGGUGCAAUGCUCUGCAGGCACGUGAGGUAAUCCGGCGAUCUGCCAUUGCUGUAUUGCUCUGUUGAGAUUUCUUGUCGCUCUAAGGAGCAAUACUUUGCAGGUGUCUCGCAAUAUAGCCCCAGAAGAACGUUUACAUGCCAUAUUCUGCACCUCCAAUUCUCAUUCAUCUCAUCUCUCGGCCUCCGCACCGGAGUUAGGGUCUACACCUCCUGAUCUAUGAGAGCAGUGUGCCACUUCUGGACUGGAAAGUCCCGUGCCAGUCUGCUGAUUCCGAGGGUCCUGGGAGACGUUUGAUCCGAGCCCACCUUGAUGAUGAGGAGGGGACGUAGCCAGUGAAGAGAGGUAGCCGCUAUCUGAAGCCUUCAGGCGGGAAAACAUGACGAGGGCAUCAGGAAAGUUUGGAGGGGUGGCAGGCGUGUUGGCAGGAGUACCCAUCUAAAGAAAGAUGAGACAUUUUUGCUUCAGUAACU